AUGGGCCGCCCAGCUGGACCGCUAUCCGCCCACCUCCCCCCGCUGGUGAUGGGCACCGCAACCUUCAACACCCAAUUCAACCCCGACCCCUACGCUCUCCCCACAACCGAACUCGUCCACCGCGCCCUCGCCAGCGGUGUCUCCGCCUUCGAUACCUCCCCCUACUACGGCCCCGCCGAAGAACUCCUAGGCCGCGCCCUGGCAACCGACUACGUCCGCGCAAACCAUCCCCGCGAAUCCUACAGAAUCCUAACCAAAGUCGGUCGCGAGCACGCCUCUUCCUUCGACUACUCGCCGGAAUGGGUGCGCGUUAGUAUCAAGCGCAGUCUUCAGCGCCUGCAUACGGAAUACUUGGAUUUGGUGUAUUGUCAUGAUGUUGAGUUUGUGAGCCCCGCGGAGGUCCUGCAGGCCGUAAGGGAACUGCGGCGCAUUCGCGAUGAGGAGGGUACUAUCCGCUAUGUGGGGAUUUCGGGGUAUCCGAUUGAUGUCCUAUGUGAAUUGGCGGAGAUGGUAUUGCGCGAGACGGGCGAGCCUCUCGAUGCGGUCAUGUCGUAUGCGCACUUCACGCUACAGAAUACCAGUCUCCUCACCAGGGCACUACCGCGUUUACUCGAGGCCGGCGUAGAUGUCGUUCCCAACGCCUCGCCGCUGGGUAUGGGACUGCUGCGACGACAGGGCGUUCCCAUCGGGAGUCAGGGCGAUUUCCACCCGUCGCCGGCGGGGUUGCGGGGUGCUAUCCAGAAAGCGGCGGAAUGGGCUGAUUCGCAGGGCGAACGGAUCGAGGUUGUUGCUAUUCGGUAUGCACUGGAGAGAUGGCUUCGCGAGGCGACUGAAGCCGGUGCAUCGGGGCCACCACCACUCGUGCCUUCUGCUGGUAUCGAGAAAGUGUCGAGCAAUAGAGAGAACAAGCCCGUGCACGGACGUCUCGGUGUCAGCGUCAUGGGUGUGAGCAAUGUCGGGGAAUUGAACGAGACCUUGCGUGUCUGGCACAGUAUUCUCGACGGAUUGGAUACUGCACCUGCAUCUGCAUCUGAUGAUGCGAACUGGUCCCGCACGCGUCGACAGCAAAUCCUCACCAUCGCGCAGGGUAUCCAGUCUAUUCUUGGUUCGGAAUGGGUGGACUACGCCUGGGAGAGUCCGGGACCAGGAUUCGUGAAUUCCUUGCCUGAGAGUCAUCUCGAGGCCAAGGCUAAAGCUGGGUCUGGAUAG